AUGUAUAAAGAAACGAUUUGUAUUCUUCUAUUACAAAUAACAAUCAUCAAUUGUUAUACUUUUCAAUCUUCGAUUGAUAAUUUACUUUAUAUCAAAAAUACGUCGACUCUAUUUGCAAUAUCUUCCUCGCAUUUGUAUCAAUUGCAUUGGUCAACAACAAAUCAAACUCUCCUUCUGCUACAUCGACGUGUUCAACUUCAUUCAUCCAUUGAUAAUACAGAAUAUGGCGUUAGUGUUUUUGUUUACGAUCAAAUUAAACAAUUGUUAAUCAUCUGUGCACGUUCAAUUAUCGGUCGUUGUAUUCUCUACGAUGCAAAUGAUAUCAGUCGAACUUACAUACUCGACUCAUCCGUCGAAACCAAUUAUCUCGGUUGUUUGUCGGGUUGUUAUACAUUCAUGUCAACAAAUAUCAUUCGUUCAGCGUUGAAUGGUAACCGUCUUGAAAGCAAUGGUAACAUAAUUAAUUCUCAAAUUGAAUUGCGCAAAGAUUUGCUUAGCUAUAAUAUCAAAUAUCAGUUAGAGUCAAGUGAUAAUACAUUGAUAACAUCUCUAACGUUCUUACCCGAACAUUUAAUAACGAAAAACAAUUAUGAAUAUAUUUACGGGUUCGAUUAUGAACAAUAUACGUACUAUAUAUUGAAAUCCUCACGUAUCGCACGUUUAUGUCAGUCUACUAUUGCAAUGCGUGUUACGUACGAUGAAGUACCAUUGUUAAAUUGUCGUAAUACAAGUGAGAAAACAUCGAUUAUUAUUACAGGAGCGUUUUAUUCGUUUGAUCAACUGACGAGUUUAUAUGUUAUUUUUGAUAAUUUCGUUUGUAUGUAUUCGAUGAAUGAAAUUUUGCGUGCGUUUCAAGCAUCAAAACUUCAAUGCCAACAAGGUAAUGGUCAUCGUCUAGAUCAUAUCGUUGAUAGUGUCGAAACUCGGCCAAAAUGCGAAAAAACUUUAGAGCAAAAUCAAACAGAUGUUAAUGAAUGUGCGUGGCAACCAUAUCGAAUAAAUACUUAUGUGGAUGGAAUGAUUGGAGCAGUUGGAGAGAAGAUCUAUGAUACAAUGGCAAAAAACGUUAAAAUUAGUUUUAUUUUUGCUCAAGAAGAUAUUGUAAUUAUGAGUACGAAUGAACGAAAAGUGUUGAAGUUAAUCCGGUCAAAUCAAACAACACUUUAUCUGUUGCAUGAAGCUGUCUAUCAUACUGAGCCGUUUAAUCCGCAGUACGUAAUUGACUAUGAACAUGAGUCAUUAAUCUUUGCUGUUGGAGCUGAGCUCCAUCGAUAUGCGUAUAAUUCUUGUUCAAUCUACGAAACAUGUCGUUCGUGUAUUGGCAGCCGACGGUAUGAUAGUAAAUCGUGCAUAUGGUUCGAUGGUAAAUGUUCGUUAUCGUCGAAUUCAUUGAUAUUCAAUCGUGGAUGUCCACCGACAGUCGAUCAAAUAAUACCGAAAACUAUCAGCGUCAAUAACGAACGAGUUACACUAGUCAUAAUUGGUUUAUUCGAAGGCGUACACGCACAUUUAGUGAACGUUUCAGUCAAAUAUCCUUCAUUGGGCUACAUGCAAACUAUUUGUACUAUAGAAAGUGUUGGAAAUGAUAGUUUAACGUGUAAUUUAACAAUUCCACGGCAAUCGGCCAGUGGAAUCAUUUCGUUAGAUAUUAAACCUAAUCGUUCGUUAGCUCUGGGUGACACGGAUCUCUUGGGAAGCAUUGAAUUAUCGGAUAAACUAAAUAUCUAUAUACCUAAACCAAUUCUCGUGCCAAAUUUCGGUCCAGCUGCUGGUGGAACAAAGAUUCGUCUACAAAAUUUAGCGUUUGACGAAAGUCUAGAUCUGUUUUCAACAAUGAAAAUCUUCCUAGGAAACAAGCAAUGCCACAUAACUGAAAUAACCUCCGACGAAAUAGAAUGUAUCAAUCAGGCGUGUACAAAUAAUUCUGAGCGAUUAGAAUUGAGUAUUCAACUGAAUGAGAAAAGAUGGCAAUUAGAAAGAGCAUACUUCCAAUGUCGUCCGGAUCCGAUGGUUUUCGAUUGGUAUCCGAAAAAAUCAAUUUUAAGUGGUGGAUUCAAACUAAUCGUCAAUGGACAAGAUUUGAAUGUCGUACAAAUGCCUAUCAUGAAAUUUGUUUACAAUAUAUCAGAUUAUGAGUUUAUUUCAUUAUGUGAAUCGACUUCAAGUACACAAAUGAUCUGUCUAUCACCUGCGAUCGAUCGAAAUCUUGGUUUAAGUCCGCCGAUUGACCUUGACGUCAUGUUCUUCAUGGAUAACAUCAAGAUCAUUCCCGAAGAUAAUAUUCUAACAAUUGUUGACGAUCCAAUUUAUUUCCCAUUCAAAGAUUACGUUCAAGAAAUCAAUUCGACGAACAUUAUCAAAUUCGAAGGAGCAAAUCUUGCUGUUACACACUCGUUAGAUCUUAUUGACGUGCAGAUCGACAAUAUUCACAAUGCUUGCUUGCCAAUGAACUUGACGGAUACGUAUCUCACGUGUACGUUAUCGAAAGCAGCACUGAAUAAUCUCAAAGACUAUGAAGCUAAUAUUGACAUUCGUAUUGGAACAAAUCUAACAUUUUUAAUUGGUAAAAUUAUCAUUCAAAAUCGUACGGAUUCAUAUUCUGGAUUAUCCAUUCCGUACUUAACGAAACAAAUCGGUUCCUGGACAAUAUUGAUCUUAAUUAUUUUAACAUCAAUCACAAUAUUGAGUUUAUUAUUUCUGUUUGUUAUAUUUAUUCGUCGUCGUUAUUUUCAAUUUUCGGAAAAAUACCACAAACAAACGAAACCUCCGCAAUAUUACCAGGAUGUCUGGUGUGAGUUAGGUAAAAAAUGGCAAAUCAACUCGAAGCAUCUAACUGUAGCAGAAAAGAUUGGUCAAGGUUGUUUUGGUGAUGUUUAUCGAGGAGAACUGAAACAGAAUGAUAACAAACCACUCGAAGUUGCAAUUAAAGUUCUUCGCGAUCAGAACGUGGCGUCAAUGCAUGAGUUUUUAUUCGAAGCCAAUCGAAUGAAAGAUUUCUCACAUCCGAACGUUCUCUCAUUGAUCGGUGUCGUAUGGGAUCCUGUGCGGAAAGCAAUGGUACUGUUACCUUAUAUGAAAAAUGGUGAUUUAAGAAGUUAUAUAUUAAGUGAAAAGAAUCGACCAACUGUACGACAGCUAAUAACAUGGGGAAUACAAGUUGCUGAUGGAAUGGAAUAUUUAUCAUCGUUGAAAUUUAUCCAUCGGGAUUUAGCAACACGAAAUUGUAUGUUGGAUGAGAAUCUAAUCUGUCGAAUAUCGGAUUUCGGUCUUAGUCGAGACAUUCUCGAUCGAGAUUAUUAUCUUGUACCACGAACAACGACAAAAGAAAGAAACGGACAAGUUAUACAAAUGCCACCGAGACGAUUGCCAAUCCGAUGGCUUAGUCCUGAAUCAAUUGAAUCGUCAAAAUAUACCAUUCAAUCCGAUGUGUGGUCCUAUGGCGUUCUUCUUUGGGAAUUAUUAAGUCGUGGUAAAACGCCAUAUCCUGGAAUUGACAAUGCUGAUAUCUUUACAUAUGUUAAGAACGGCUAUCGUCUUCCUCAACCUACUUAUUGUCCUCCACUGCUCUAUAAAUCAGCGAUGAUAGUUUGUUGGAAUGCAGAUCCACUGAAACGUCCAACUUUCACUCAACUCGCUCACGAUAUUCGUCAUAUUCUUCAACAACUCGAACUCGAACAGCAACAACAGAAACAAAUGGCACACAAUCAACCAUCCUCGUCUGCUGAUGACGAAGAUACAACUAUUGUCGAGCGUUAUCCAGCCGAUCGAAAACUCAAACGAUUAUCAACCACGUCCUUGUCAUCAUCAGCGAGCACCACUGGACAAUAUAUAACGACCCCUCAUCGUCAAUCUGAAAAUAUCCAGUUACUAUUCGAUCGUGGCGCUGAUGAUGAAGAUUCAUAUGCAGUUGCAGUUAAUUCAAGUGCUGAUGUUUUUAGUACAACGAGAUUAUUACCUCGAUAUACAGAAAUAAGCAUUGCUGAAGAUGCAUAA